UGAUUGCGAUAUUUUAUAGUAUUGGCAGUGAUUAAGGUGACAGUGGUGGCGAUGAUAAUGACAGUAGUAAUAAUAAUAAUAUGACAGUGGCUAUAAAAAAGAGAGUAGGCAGUGAUAACGUGCAGGUGACAAUAGUAUCAAUAGUAGUAGCAACAGCAGCAGUAACUUCCCUCCCUUCUCUCUUUCCUUGCGUCACGUGCUGGCUGGCUGUCUGGCUGGGUGCAGGGCGUCGGCGUGGAGAUGGUGUUGCUGUCGAACCCCCGGAAACUCUUCCAAAUACAACAGGAUCCCAGGACUGGAUUGAUGUCCCUGAGCCUACAACGACCUCUCAACCGCAGCGACUACGUAAGAUAUGGCAACUACUCGGUGGAGGCUGUGAUCGGCCCCGCAGGCUACAAACAACCGGACUCGGGCUACGCAAAAGGCAAGCGAGGGGGAGGCAACGGCAGGAACGGCAACGGGAAGAGAAGAGUCGGCGGCGGGGGAAGAGCGGACGACAAAGACAACGGUAGAGAUAACAGGAGAGACAAGAAGGAAGAACAAUACAGAGACUUAAUAUACGUCAAAAUCUACGUAACAAAGGAAUUCUCGUGCAAAUCGCCGCCAGCGGCCGCAUGUUACCUGCCCAAGGAGUCUCUCAAGCUCAUCCAGUGGGAGAACCGGCCGUCCUCAAUACUUCUGGGCCUCCCGUCCCCUGCCACCACGUGCCCGGACCUCACUGCUUACUACAACAUCUCCAUGACGCCCCCUCCAGGUAACAGCAGGUGGGAACCCGAAUUAAGUACCUUGGAGAAGCAGCUGAUCGUGAAUGCGAGGAGUUUGGACCGAGAGGAGCGAGGAGACAUGAUCAACUUCAGUGUCACCUGUAUUCUGAAGCACAAGGGGAAGCCAGUGCUGACGCCACAGACAGAGGGGAUGCUCAUCAUUCUGGAUGAAGACGAUUCGCCGCCCAUCAGGAGUCGCAACCCAAUCUUUGAGUGGCACUACAACAACAAGACCAGUGACUUGGAUGAUCAGCUGCUGGUAGUGGAUGCAGAUCUGUCAGACACCAAUAACUACAAGGUGGAACUGGUAGGCUCCACACAUAACCUGGUCAUCAUAGAAAGUGUCAACAAGUUCAGUGUGAGGAAGGAGAUUUGUACCCAGGAAGUGAAAGGCAUAAAUUUCACCGCCACAUGCACCGUUCUCACCCCACUCCUGAAGCUGAACCAGCCCCACCUGUACGCGGGGGCAUUGCUCUCCCGGAACCAGAGCUACCUGCAGAAGAUACACUUCUCUGUCGUGUUCAUCGACAUGUCCAUGAUCACUACAUCUGAGUCCCGCAAGGUGAUGUACAACAUGACACUGUCAGUGCCACACAUCAUGGACUACGGACUGGCAAGUACCACCAUCGCUCCACCCCUAGACCCAGAGUGUGCUGAGAAACAGUCUGAGCAGCAGCAUCUCUUGCAAGAGGUGCCACCUGCUGACUUCAACAUCACCAUUACUUUGCCUGCCACCCGCUACCAGCGCCUGGGUCAGCUCACCAGUCCAGAGAUUGACUAUCACCUGGCAGUCCGCCUUCCUCCCACCGGCAACUUCACCAUUAUGGAGGAGCCUGGUGACAGUGGUGGGGCUGGCCUGGGCAUCACUCCUCUCACUGGCAUCCUGUAUGUGGCUGACCCAGUGCUACUGAGGAGUGGGAAGUUUUUGGUGGAGAGAGGCAACAGCACCACCACCACCAUUGUCAACCUGGAGGUGCUGGAGAGCAAAGACCCUGACCUAGUGGAGAGAUGCAAGCACAAGCCUUCCCUCCCUCCAUCAUUCCCUCCCUCCCUUUCCCAGCCCAUGGAGACCAUUGAGACUGAGGAUGGAAUAGAGGAAGUUGAGGCAGAGGUGUGGUGUGCCUCUUUCUUCUACAAGAGCGAGUGUGAAGCAGCGUGUGGGGAGGGCAGCGCUGGUGCCUGUCAGUGGCGCCCCAACCGAGCUUCACAGCUGAGAAGCAAAGAGUAUGCCACCUGCUCUCCCAACUUCACCACCUGCCCUGAUCAGGUCUGCGAUGAGCUGGAGAUGAGCUUCCGCAGUGUGUGUCCCCAAGACUGUACAGAGGAGGACUGGAUCAAGAGCCAGCAGAUAGAGCUUGGACCAGAUGAUCGGGGUAUUGCUGCUGGCUUUGGCGUCUGCUCCUGUAACUCUGCUGGCUGCCAAUGUUUCCCUGCCAACAAGGACCGGCCCACUGACCCUGAGCCAACUAAAAGGACACCAAAAUUGCGCCCGGGUUGUAACAGUGCAUGCAAGAUUGGAGUAAGCGUGGCAGGUCUUGCCUUCCCUCAGCCUCACCCUCUUCUGUGUUAUAUUUUGCAGAUGGCGGGCCAAGAAGCAGGGGAAGCAGAAGGGAGGUGUCAUCUCCUGGGUACCCUGACCAAUGUUGACCGCUCCUCCUCUACACCUUAUAACUCCCGGGAAACACAUGACUCAGUCAUUUACGGCAUCAGACCGUCUCCUCGCAAUGACAACGUCAGUCUUGUCCCAGCUCUCAACCUUACUAUUGAUCGAAAGUGGGAGUUCCCCCGAAGUCGUCUGGUGAUUGAACAGACGCUAGGAGAAGGAGAGUUUGGGAAGGUCAUGAAAGCCAAAGCCCAAGGGAUUGGUGGUAACCUUGGCUACACAACUGUGGCAGUCAAAAUGCUCAAGUCCAACAGCACCCCUGCGGAGUUGGCUGACCUGCUGUCUGAGUACUCCCUCCUGAAGGACGUGUCUCACCCCAAUGUUGUGAAGCUCCUUGGGGCAUGCACAUCAGAGGGUGGUCCCAUCUACAUCAUCAUUGAGUACUGUCAGUAUGGUUCACUCAGAAACUAUCUAAAGAGGUCACGUCAUGCUGAGUUUGAGAACCGUGUGGGGUCAGGUCCUGCAGAAGGCACGACAGCAGACUAUGCCAUCACACCCAAGGAUAUUCUGUCCUUCGCAUGGCAGAUCUGCAAGGGAAUGGCGUACCUCACUGACAUGAAGCUGGUUCAUCGUGACUUAGCAGCGAGAAACGUCCUGCUGGCAGCAGGGAAAGUCUGCAAAAUCUCUGACUUUGGGCUGACCCGGGAUGUCUAUGAAGGUGACUGGUACAUCAAAAGGAGCGAAGGUCGAGUGCCUGUGAAGUGGAUGGCACUGGAGAGUCUAGUGGACCACGUGUACACCAGCAAGAGUGAUGUGUGGGGCUUCGGUGUGCUGCUGUGGGAGCUGGUUACGCUGGGCACACCACCCUACCCAGGAGUCACACCGGAGCGACUCUUCUCUCUCCUGAAGGGUGGCUACCGCAUGGAGAAACCAGAAAACUGCUCCCCAGAACUGUACAGUCUGAUGCUGCAGUGCUGGGCAGAGGACCCAGCAAGACGGCCUUGCUUCCAGGAUCUGACAGACAUCUUUGACUCAAUGAUUCAGGCCGACGUGGAAUACCUUGAGCUGCGUUCCCUCAUUGUCACCAACCGGGGCUACUUUGAUAGCCUCCCUGAACCCUUGCCCCCGGUCCUCGAUGCACCACCUCAGUUCCAGGACUCCCCACAGCAGAGCCAGGAGCUGGACCAGCAGGCCUCACCACCCCAGGCACCACCACAACUCCGGCUAGAGGAGGUCCACACUCCAAGAUCACCUGACUGGUCACCACCAGAGCUAGAGGAGGAGCAGGUGGACCCUGACUCAUACCUUGUGGCUCGCACCACCCUCACCCGACCCCGCAGGGAAGAGUCCAGUGAGCCGCUGCUUGGCUCCCCUUCUGCCAUCACCCAUGCCCCCACCAUCACCACCUCCCAUGCUCACAACCCAGCUUACUCCCCAACUAGAGAGACGCCUCCACCACCACACCCGCAUGCCCACCCACCUCUCCACUACUCCACCCUGGCCACUCGUCCUGACGAAGAGGAUGCCCACACCCUGGAGUGUAGUCGGAGUGAAGAGGACUCAGACAGUGGACGGGCCACCGGGGACUCUGGGUAUGCCACAGAGGAAGGCCGUGGGCGGUGGCGAGCUGAGCACAAGAGUGGCAGCCGGGCACCCCAGGCCUCCUCCCCACGGGGGUCUUCUUAUUCCCCUGUUCCCCGGCACGAUGAUCCCGAGGACGAUCCUGAAGAUGACCAGGACACAUCAGAGGACCUGGAGGAGAGACAGGAGCUGCUGGCUGAGGAUCUUCUAGGACACCUCACGCCCAGCCCAGAGCCCGCCCAUACCGCCCAUAGCACCACCCGCACCGCCCACACCAGUCAUGCCGCCCACCUCACUGCGGUCAUUGUGUGAGCCUCCCUUCCUCUCCUGCACACGACCACACCACCACUGUCACCGCCGCUGCUGCUCUGCAUCUCUCAGAAUGGAUGAGCUGUGCAGCACUGGAGCACCUAACGCCUAUCUAGUAUUUGAUCCCCUCUUAACCUUGUGAUGCCAGCAGAGCACAAAGAAAAGCUUGCCUGCCAAUGGUGUCUGUGGGGAGAAAUCCGGGGUUGUGUCCUAGCGUGCGGUGACCCACUUCCUUCCACUCCUUGACUUCUUCAGCAGUGAUAAAGCAAAGGAAAAUAAUGGCGCUUCAGACAACUGCCAUAUGCUUUCCCUCAGUUUGGGUUUACAUGAAUGCUCUUCUCUGUUUCAGUGGCACUAUCUAGCCUGGUAUGUGAGAGUGUGACUGUCCUCCACUCUGGGACAAACAUCCUCCAGGAAAUGCUCGCACCUUGCCUGGUGCUGAGCAAGGCUGCUACUGGACACCUUUCACCAGGUUUUAUAUUUCGUAUACUCUGCCACUGAAAUAAUGGUGGCAUAUAUCUAAACCUUACCAGACCAUGCAAAUACUUAGUCUGGCAGAUUCAGUGACAGUUACUUAAGUCAGUUUAGUAGCCGGAAGAGGUGAGCAGUAUUUAUGGACUAUUUGGCCGGGCUGUAUCAGUCUGUAACCCAGCUUCUGGUAAACUCACUACCUAUAUUUUAACCUUUUGGCCCAACUAAAGAGAAAUUGAGCUUAGUUGCAACCCAUCUCAGUUCUGAGUCGGAAGCGUCAACCUGUCAACCUCCCCAUCCUCUUCUACCCACGCCCUUUUCAUCUUGCCUUCCUUAUAACUGAGCUGAAGUCAAGAUUAAGAGUAAUGUGAAAGGAUCAAAACUUACAUUGGUGGACUGGCCAUAGUUGUUAUACUAGACAUAGAUCUGGCACCAUGUUAAGAUGUGACACUCUUGUGCUUAUAUGUUUAUUUAUUUAUUCAGUAUUUAUGAUUGCAGACGAAAUAUGCCUGCACCGUGACUUUGACAGCCUCAACCCUGAUCUGGUGGGCAGGCAUGGCAUUAGCAUUUGGGUUACCUAUUUGAUAUAUAUAUUUAGGGAUGUUUUGAGAUCAGUCUUAUUCUGUCAAGAACACAGCUGGCAAAGUAGUGUUGUAUUUUUAUAUAAUUAUGAUUUACUUACAUCUUGGCAUCAUGAUUGAUUAAGAAAGCAUGACAGCAUUCAAAAAGCUGUUUUAUAUCAAAUAUUAUAAUAGCUACAAAUGUAAUUUCAUACUGCAUAACUUAUCAACAUGAAGUUGAUCACUUCUAUUAAUUCAAAAAGACAUACAAGGAAACCUCCAGUAAGUCAACAUCUAUUAUCAUUGAUAGUCUGGUCCCAAACCUGCAAAGUGUUUGUUGUCUGAAGUGUAAGUAGUGACAUACUUGCUCUUCCUACAGCACUCAUUGUGGGAAGGACUGUGCAGGGGAUUACUUGGCCACACUGAGGGUGAGGAGUCUAUUAGUGUAUUGGUAGAAAUGAUUAAAUAGUGUGUCUUUACAAGAUAACACUAAAUUUGUUCAGAUUCGGAAAUUAUUUUGGUUACUGCCUUCUGAUGAAUAAUCUUUGGGGAGGAUGGAUUUCAUACAGUUUUCCCAAUCAUAGUUCUAGAAAUGGUGCAAAAAUAACUUUUGACAAGUAAUUCCACACUGCUGGGCAGAAUGUUAAAAAAUUCUUGGAAGUUGAUACAUAAAUAAGCAGGUGGUCUAUUUACUUCUGUCUACUUUUAUGAAGUAGGUUGACUAAAGUUGUUGGGAGAUUUUUUUCUUUUAUCGCAUACAUGUGCUAUGAUUAUGAUUUAUAUCCAUUAUGCUCAGAUUCAUGUAGCCUUCCAUGCCUUCACCAUUUUACUGAAAGGCUUGGUACAUUGCACAGACAGCUUAUCAGCGAUGGCAUUCUUGUCUUGCCACCAUGGACUGUCACAUUGCCCAUGGCACCAUUCAUUGUAUGCCAAUCCUUCCUCUGUUGUUCAGGCUCACAAAUAGUGCCAAUAGUAUUUUUCAAGACAGUUUUAUAUAUUGUUAAAUGCUGCUUUGUCUCUCUCUCUCUCUCUCUCUCUCUCUCUCUCUCUCUCUCUCUCUCUCUCUCUCUCUCUCUCUCUCUCUCUCUCUCUCUCUCUCUCUCUCUCUCUCUCUCUCUCUCUCUCUCUCUCUCUCUCUCACAGCAUCUUGCCCAAUGAUAUGUACAAAUAGUGGCAGCAGUGUGAUAUCAAGGGAGGUGGUGGAGAGCUGACACACUUCUGGUAUUCUGGGAGUCUCACCCAUGCUACAGCAAGUGGUGGCCAAGCAACUCAUGGCAGACAUUCAGUGAGGCAGGUGGUGGUGGGUUGUGUCUGCAAAACUAGCUAUACCAAUGAUAGGAUGCAAAGUCUGGAGGCUUCUCUAACCUUAUCAACUCUGAUGCUUAACAAAGGCUAUACAAAGGCUCAGUACUAAUGUAAUAUAUUUUUCUUUUACAGUAAAAUUAAAACUGCAACUUACAAGCUUAAAGUUCAUGAUAUUAGUGAUGCCAAGAUGGUCUUUUGUCUUUUCUUUUCACUUUCUUCAACUAGUGGUGCCACUUUUUUGUUUAUCUUUCAUGCCAAGUGAGUGUGAAUUACUAUAUAGUUUACAAGCUCAGCUAAAUGUCGAUCAAAUUUUUACGUGAAAUCAGAUGCAUGGGGGGACCAGUGGCUCUGUGGCCGCCGGCUCUCCAGCAACUCCUAGUUAAGCUCUUAACAUAAGGAUCCCUGAGGCAGUGGCUGUGUUUGGUGACUAUGGCAGCCACAUCUCAGUCGUGUGAGUCCAGGAGGCAGGUCCAGCAGCUGGCAUGGCACUGAUGCCUGCUGACUGGCUGGAGGCUUCACUGUUUUAUAUAACAAAAUUAAAGUUUCAUUGUUAUUAUAUGAUAUAAAGAGACUACAGUGACUAUAAGAUCUUUGAUGAAAAAUGCCUAUGCACAUACAUUCAUUGCUUAUGCCAAUUAGUAAUCUUAACUCUUGUGUCUCAUUAUAUUCCUCAAAUUAGUUUGCAAGAUAACCUUGCAUCUCCUUACUGAAAAUUGCUUAAAUCUUGAGUUCAGUCUAAUAACCAUCUCAAACUAACCCAACAGGCUUCUAUGAGGCUGCUACUCCUGAAUUAACUGAAAGGCCUCCAUGAGGCCACCACUCUCAGUUUUGCAACCUGUUGUGGGAUACCAACCCUUCCUGCACACACUGACCAAACGAAAACUUACUACUGUACUGCAAUGUACAAAGCAUGAAAAUAACAAUUUGGGUGUUGUUCAUAAGAUGUCUGAAACCAAACUGUGUUUGCAUUUUCACACAGUCUGAUGAAUUACUUGUUGUGUUGUCAAUGCUCUUACAGAUAGAUUACAUUAUUUUUAUGGGUAUUCCUUCAUUCCACAUUGGAAGUAAAGGCGGGUUGCAUAGAUUUUUAUCUGGUAAUUGGAAGUAAAGUUUGUUGAAUAUAGUAACUAUUUCUGGGUAUUAUGAAAUGUUGAUAUUCAAUAAAGAUUAUAUAUAUAUAUUUGUAUAAAAAUAUCAAUCAUUAUUAUGUACA